UGCAUCUGCAGAGACGCAUCGCCGUAAAUACUGUACGGACAAUGCAGAAACCAGUUUGACCAUAAAUCAGCUUUGCUAAAACGCCCAAUCAGGAAAAAGCCAAACCCGGAAGUAAUUUAUCCAGCUGUUGGUGUGUGUGAGAGAGAAACAUAGAGAGAGAAACAGAGAGAGAGAGAGGAGAUGGUGGUUGUUUGUGGCUUUCUUUGGGAUGAAAAUAAUACACCGUAUAAAAAUGUAACCGACGACAUAAAUCCACGUCUGGUCUCGAACAAGGAACAUUGUGGUAUUUGGGCCUGGAUGAGGUCUUGUAGCCAACCAUGUUCCCCUGCUCCACCACAACACAGCAGACCAGAGGAGAGGAGUAGACAGACAGUAGAAUUCAAUGUCAUUGUGAAGAGGACACUGUGAGUGCAGGAUGCAGUCUUCAGGCCACCGGCAGCGCGACACAGAGCAGCACCAACCCCUGCUGUCAGCUGACAAUGACCCUGAGGCUGGGGCAGGAGCUGGUCCUCUGUAUCCUCCGGCUGACCAGGACGGCCUGUGGUUUAUCCAGGACGGCUGUGGUAUAGUCUGUGGUGUGGUGACCUGGUUGUUGGUCCUCUACGCUGACUUUGUGGUCAAUCUGGUGAUGCUGCUGCCAAACAAGAGCUUGUGGUACUCCGUGAUCAACGGAGCACUGUUUAACUUCCUGGUCGUCAUGGCGCUGGCCUCGCAUCUACGGGCCAUGCUGUCAGACCCGGGGGCGGUUCCUAAGGGCAACGCCACCAAAGAGUACACGGACAGUCUGCAGCUGAAACCUGGAGAGGUCAUCUAUAAAUGUCCCAAGUGUUGCAGCAUCAAGCCACAGAGGGCCCAUCACUGCAGUAUCUGUAAGCGCUGUAUCCGGAAGAUGGACCACCACUGUCCCUGGGUCAACAACUGUGUCGGGGAGAAGAACCAGCGCUUCUUUGUGCUCUUCACUAUGUACAUAGCUCUGAUCUCGGUCUACGCCCUCUGCCUCAGUUUCCUACAGUUCUACAGCUGUGUCAAGGACCAGUGGAAUGAAUGCACCGACUUCUCUCCGCCAGUGGCGAUGAUGCUGAUGAUCUUCCUCUGUCUGGAGGCCUUCCUCUUCCUCACCUUCACCGUGGUGAUGUUCGGAACGCAGAUACACUCCAUCUGCAACGACGAGACGGAGAUCGAGCGUCUGAAGAAUGAGAAGCCGACGUGGGAGCGGCGUGUGCGCUGGGAGGGGAUGAAGGCCGUGUUCGGAGGCCCACCCUCCUUCCUCUGGUUCAACCCAUUCACCGGCCUGCGUCUGCGGCGCCUACUGAUGACACGUACACGCCGUAGUGGUGUGGAGUUCUCUGUCUGAGGGCUGAGCAGCCAAACACAGCUCUUCCCCGUCUGAUAGCCUCUGACCUCUCUGGACCGUCUGAUACCCCCGGACCUCUCUGGACCGUCUGAUAGCCUCGGACCUCUCUGGACCAUCUGAUACCCCCGGACCUCUCUGGACCGUCUGAUAGCCUCGAACCUCUCUGGACCGUCUGAUAGCCUCGUACCUCUCUGGACCAUCUGAUACCCCCGGACCUCUCUGGACCGUCUGGUACCCCCGGACCUCUCUGGACCAUCUGAUACCCCCGGACCUCUCUGGACCGUCUGAUACCCCCGGACCUCUCUGGACCGUCUGGUUCCCCCGGACCUCUCUGGACCGUCUGGUACCCCCGGACCUCUCUGGACCGUCUGGUACCCCCGGACCUCUCUGGACCGUCUGGUACCCCGGACCUCUCUGGACAGUCUGAUACCCCCGGACCUCUCUGGACAGUCUGAUACCCCCGGACCUCUCUGGACCGUCUGAUACCACUCUGGACCGUCUGAUACCUCUCUGGACCGUCUGAUACCUCUCUGGACCGUCUGAUACCCCCGGACCUCUCUGGACCGUCUGAUACCUCUCUGGACCUUCUGAUAUCCCCGGACCUCUCUGGACCGUCUGAUACCCCCGGACCUCUCUGGACCGUCUGAUACCCCCGGACCUCUCUGGACCGUCUGAUACCCCCGGACCUCUCUGGACCGUCUGAUACCACUCUGGACCGUCUGAUACCUCUCUGGACCUUCUGAUAUCCCCGGACCUCUCUGGACCGUCUGAUACCCCCGGACCUCUCUGGACCGUCUGAUACCCCCGGACCUCUCUGGACCGUCUGAUACCCCCGGACCUCUCUGGACCGUCUGAUACCACUCUGGACCGUCUGAUACCUCUCUGGACCGUCUGAUACCUCUCUGGACCGUCUGAUACCCCCGGACCUCUCUGGACCGUCUGAUACCUCUCUGGACCUUCUGAUAUCCCCGGACCUCUCUGGACCGUCUGAUACCCCCGGACCUCUCUGGACCGUCUGAUACCCCCGGACCUCUCUGGACCGUCUGAUACCCCCGGACCUCUCUGUCUGUCCUCCACACAGAGAGACUAGGGCUUUAUCUGGGUCUGUCCUCCACACAGAGAGACUAGGGCUUUAUCUGGGUCAGUCUGUCCACACAGCGAGACUAGGGCUUUAUCUGGGUAUGUCCUCCACACAGAGAGACUAGGGCUUUAUCUGGGUCUGUCUGUCCACACAGAGAGACUAGGGCUUUAUCUGGGUCUGUCCUCCACACAGAGAGACUAGGGCUUUAUCUGGGUCAGUCUGUCCACACAGAGAGACUAGGGCUUUAUCUGGGUCAGUCUGUCCACAUAGAGAGACUAGGGCUUUAUCUGGGUCAGUCUGUCCACACAGAGAGACUAGGGCUUUAUCUGGGUCAGUCUGUCCACACAGAGAGACUAGGGCUUUAUCUGGGUCAGUCUGUCCACACAGAGAGACUAGGGCUUUAUCUGGGUCUGUCCUCCACACAGAGAGACUAGGGCUUUAUCUGGGUCAGUCUGUCCACACAGAGAGACUAGGGCUUUAUCUGGGUCAGUCUGUCCACACAGAGAGACUAGGGCUUUAUCUGGGUCAGUCUGUCCACAUAGAGAGACUAGGGCUUUGUCUGGGUCAGUCUGUCCACACAGAGAGACUAGGGCUUUAUCUGGGUCUGUCCUCCACACAGAGAGACUAGGGCUUUAUCUGGGUCAGUCUGUCCACACAGAGAGACUAGGGCUUUAUCUGGGUCAGUCUGUCCACACAGAGAGACUAGGGCUUUAUCUGGGUCAGUCUGUCCACAUAGAGAGACUAGGGCUUUAUCUGGGUCAGUCUGUCCACACAGAGAGACUAGGGCUUUAUCUGGGUCAGUCUGUCCACACAGCGAGACUAGGGCUGAAUAUGGGUCUGUCUGUCCACACAGCGAGACUAGGGCUAAAUAUGUUUCUGGGCCUGUCCUCUACACAGAGAGACUAGGGCUAAAUAUGGGUCUGGGUCUGUCCUCCACACAGAGAGACUAGGGCUGAAUAUGGGUCUGUAUCUGGGUCAGUCUGUGCACACAGAGAGACUAGGGCUGAAUAUGUUUCUGGGUCUGUAUCUGGGUCAGUCCUCUACACAGAGAGACUAGGGCUAAAUAUGGGUCUGGGUCUGUCCUCCACACAGAGAGACUAGGGCUGAAUAUGGGUCUGUUUCUGGGUCUGUUCUCUACACAGAGAGACUAGGGCUUUAUCCGGGUCUGUAUCUGGGUCUGUUCUCUACACAGAGAGACUAGGGCUUUAUCUGGGUCUGUAUCUGGGUCAGUCUGUCCACACAGAGAGACUAGGGCUUUAUCUGGGUCAGUCUGUCCACACAGAGAGACUGGGGCUGAAUCUCAAGCUGAAACCUUGGCCGCUAAUCCCUUUGUGUUUGAUAGUGAUCACUCAACUGCCACUGUUCUGGGACAGGGAGAGACCAGCCUGCCCUCCUCUGCUGUGAGUCCCAUUCAGUCAGCCAGCCAGUCAGUCAGCCAGCCAGCCAGCCAGUUUGCUUUUUUAAGAAGCUCCUCUUCUGUCUUUUUGAUGAAGAACCUGCAGUAUGGAACUGUCGAGGUGUCAGUCACAAUCAUUGUUCUGCUCUGAAGACACUGAGUUGUGAUUGGACGU